GUUAUUACGGUGUUUUUUAAAUAAUAAAUAUUGUCAUUAAUCGUGAGUAUUCUAAUACUAAUACUAGUACAUUUUCUAUUAUAUUCGUACGCUUAAAUAGUGUAUUGGAGAUUGAAAUUAAUACGUGUUUAAGUGUCAUUAUUAUAACAUUGCCCGCGAUGUCAAAUUUAAUUGAAAUUGAUGAGAUAAUUUUUAAUUUAAAAGCCACCAUCACAUCAAAUAAAGGUGGUGUGCAAUUGAAUUGCAUUGAAUCUGAUUACUAUAAUUUAAUUGGUGAACCUAUACCAUAUAAAAAUUUAGGAUUCAACUCUAUAGUAGAUUUUCUUGAGUCUUUCAAAGAAGUGUUCAAAAUAAAAAAUAAAGGAUUUAAUAAAUUUGUAUAUGUUAUAAGUGGUGGAAAGACUCAACACUUAGAAAAAAUGAUAAGCAAACAAAAAACUAAGUCUAAACGUAAAUACAAAUCAAAGUCGCAGAGUGUGGUAUCAAAUAAGAAGUUAAAUACCAGUAACACCUACAAUAAUUCCAUGAAUUAUAGAUUGAGAAAAAAAAAACCACCAGUUGAUAAUUCUAUAUAUCCUACGAACAAAAAUAACUCUAGAUCGUCAAAAAUAAAUGAUGAAAAUAAACUAUUCAAAAAAAGAGAUGAACCAAGAGUAUUUGCUCAAGAUCGAUUAAAAAAAUAUGAGAAAAAAAAUAUUAAUCAAAUUGAGAAUAAAGAAUUAAAAAAUGAGGUUACGUCAGAAGAUUCAGUUUUAGAACUGUCAAAAAUAUUCACAAAACAAUGCAAUAUUCGUGAUACGGUAUUUACUAAGGCAUGUAAUAUACCAAUACAAUCCAAACAACUGCCUGAAUAUUACAAUGAGCAUAUUAAUUUGAAAAUUAAUCAGUAUACAUUUGAAAGUAAAUGCAAGAAAAUUGUAACUGUGACUGCUGUGUUUAGUCCUUCAAGUAUUUGUGUGGUAUUGGAAGAUUAUAAUAUUAAUAGCAAUUUAUUAGGAAUGCAAAUAGAAUUUAACAAAAUGGAAACAGGUAUUCAAACUCAAUUAAAUACUAUUCCAGUUACUGGUUGUUAUUAUGCACUAUAUCAUCAGCAAAAAUGGCAUCGAGUUGUUGUUGAAAGUAUUUAUUUAGAUAACUCAGUUAAAUGCUUUCUUAUAGACAUUGGAAAAUCAAUAAUUGUUAAUCGACAUCAAAUUUAUUAUCUGGAUCCAAAAUUUGUUCAGAUUUGUAGUCGGGCAAUGAAAGCCAUAUUAAAUAAGUUGAAACUAUUUGAUGAAUUUCCAUUCAUUAAAGAAAUUGUAAUUGAAAAACUAUUAGAAACCAAGUGUAUUCUUAUUCCAAACAGUGUCAUUACAGAUCCACCUACUGUAACAUUAUAUGAUUUGGAAACUAGGAUGAAUAUAAAUGACAUAAUAAUCAAUAGCUUUUAUAAAAAAGUAACACCAGAGAUUAAUUUUGGAGAUGGAUACGAUUUUGCGGAAGUUAAACUAAUAUUAGUUGAAAAUGGAUACUGUUAUGUGCAGUUCAAUCAAGACUUAAUCAAAUCUCUGGAAAAAAUUUUUUCAACAGAUCAAUUUUUUGGACCUUAUUUGAAAAAUGCUAGAGAUAUUGAUUAUAAAAAUAUAUAUUUAGCUUACUAUGGACAAAACAUUAAGGGUAGAGUUAAAGUGGAGUAUUUCACUUCUAAUUAUCAGGUUAAAGUAUAUUUUAUUGACUAUGGAUGUUUCAAGAAUGUUGAAGUAAAUACAUUAGUUGAUUUAUCCAGAAUUAAUACCUAUCUUGUUCGAAUUCCAAGUCAAGCUUUUAAAGUAGCUUUACAUAUGUUUCCUCCUGAAGAUGUAACUAGUAGAACAGUUGAGGAGUUAUUUAGUAUUUUAGGGAAUAAUACCAAUGUAAAAAUGUAUAAACUCAAAAAUUUUAUGGGACCAAUUCCAUGUGUUAAAUUAUGGAAUAUUGCAUAUCCUGAUACAUUUAUCAACAUUAUUUUGUAUUUGAGAUUAUCCGAGUUGAAUCAAUGAAGUAGUAUUUGAUGCAAAGAAGAAAUAAUUUUGAUCUUAUUAAUAAUGUAUUUAAUAUUUAUA